UAGCUUUUUGGCACGCGGCGCAACUUGUGCAGGAGUAGUCAAGCAACAAAUGAUGAAUCGUCGCGUAGCGCGCUGAAAGGACCAUCGCUUCUGAUCGUCGGGCUGCUCCAUCUGCUCUGCACUGCAUGCUGCCCCUGUAGCGCCAUCGGGCUGCCCAGAACACAUGCCGCGGAUCGCUGGGCUUCUGCUCUGCGCCGCGGCGACGGCCAGCGACGUCCUAUUCGUGCACGUGGGGAAGACGUGCGGCGGGACCAUCGCCGCCGAGUUAAGAAAAAACCGCGUGGCCUACCACGAGGUGCACCUCGACAAGGUCGACAGGGAGACGCUCGCACAAUACAAGCGAGUGAUCGUCUCGGCGCGCGACCCCGUGGACCGCGUGAUCUCGGCGUUCAACUGGCGGAGUCCGCACGCCUGCCGCCAAUGGAAGGGCCAAUGCACGCCGCCGCGGGCCGUCGAGAAGUUCGACGGCGAGCGGGGGUUCUACAACUGUUUUCCGGACGUGCAGCACUUCGUUGACGAGGUGACGGAGCGGUCGAAGCCUGUGUAGACUUCACGCCAUCGACGCGACGCGUGCUCGAUGCUGCCUCACCGAUUGGGAUCCAUACAGGUCGAAGAGUCCAUCGCUCACGUGCCUCAUGCUCGCGCACUCGUUUUUUAAUGGUGUCGGCGUGGGCGAGGGCGGCGGCUCGCACAUCGGGAAGGGCCUCUCGUGGUACAUCGGGCCGGUGCUCCACGACCUGCUGCGACGGGAGAGUGACCUCUGGGUCGUGCGUGCCGAGGCGUGCGAACACGACCUGGAGGGGGCUAUUCGCUGGCUGCGGGGCGACGACACCCUCGACGUGUUACGAGCCGCGUGGAAAUCGACCAGUGAGUUAGGUUAUUGCGGAGACCUUCGUGGGCCUCCACGCCAUCGAGCUGCCGCAGCUACGGGGACGACGUCGCAUCGAUGGCGUAGAAUCUCCACGCCAUCGAGCAGAGCAGUUACGGGGACGACGUCGCGUCGAUGGCGUCGGGCGUAGGAAAAAUGAUUUCCACACAGGCUACGAGGCGGCUGGAUUCACCAAGCGCGCAACACCACGGACGAGACGUCGACGACCAUCGACGGCUCGUCCCGAAAGAAACUGCAGCAGCGCCUGGAGGCCGAGUUCCAAAUCUUAGACAUUAUGCUCGACGCGUCCGUGAACUAUGGCGCGAAACGGCGGCGCGGCCUUCAGAAGGAGCUCCUCGUCGACGGGGGAGGCGUGUGCAAGUCCCUCUCGAGCAAGACGCAUGUUAAUACAAACUGUUAGUGAC